CAAAAUUAUUAUGACGUUUUCUUUUCGCUGAAAGUAGUAGUGGCGAAUUAUCGUGUUUAUUUAAUAAUUCUUAUUUAAAACGUUGAAAUAUGGCUGCUGAAAUCAAGCCUGCUCCAAGGACACCAAACGAUAGGUUUUCUACUACAAAAAAACCUGCCUUAUUGAGUAAAUUGGAAGGAUGCACCGACGAUGUAAACGCAGCGGUCGUUAUACCUGGCGAGGACGGUGUAAUUAGCGUUUGUGAUGAUAAGACAGUGCGAGUAUGGUUGAAGAGGGACUCUGGACCAUACUGGCCAUCUAUUUGUCAAUACAUGCCCUCAGGCUGCACCUCAAUGUUCUACACACCAGAGACUAGACAGCUCUUUAUUGGUCAGGAAAAUGGAACAGUCUCAGAGUUUACAUUGGCACAAGAUUGUAAUAGAAUAAACCCAACUCGGGAGUACUUAGCGCACACGGCUCGAGUGACCGCUGUCAACUUCUCGCUGAGUUGCGAGUGGGUUUUGUCUGUCAGUCGAGACAAGCUGUUUGCAUACCAUUGCAGCGAGACUGGACGCAGGAUUGGUGGAUAUUCUUUCGAAGCAUGGUGCACGUCUUUGCAAUUUGACUCGCAGUCGAAAUAUGCCUUUGUCGGAGACUACAGCGGGCAGAUAACGAUGCUGAAGUUGGAUAACAAUGGUGCUACGCUCGUCACUACGCUCAAAGGUCAUACAGGUUCUGUCCGUGUAUUGAACUGGGCUCCUCUGCCGCAGCUAUUGUUCAGUGGCUCGUUUGAUCAGACAAUUAUAGUGUGGGACAUUGGAGGUCAGAAGGGCACGGCGUACGAACUACAAGGACACAGUAACAAGGUGACAGGUCUUUGGUACGUGGGCAGCUGUGAACGGCUGAUAUCUGCCGGUGAAGAUGGGGCCCUUGGUGUCUGGGAGAUGGGGGUCCGCCGACGUGAGACCCCUGCUUGGAAGGAGUCAGACCUCUGCCAGCUAUGCCGCGCCCCCUUCAUUUGGAACGUGAGAGCGAUGAUGGAGAAAAAACAACUUGGUCUCCGGCAGCACCACUGCCGAUGGUGCGGGGCGGCUGUAUGCGCGACAUGCUCCCCGCACCGCCUGCCGCUGCCCGUCAUGGGGUUCGAGUUCCCGCAGCGUGUCUGCACCACCUGCUACGAAACCUUGAGGCAUGAGCCUCGUGAAUCGCUGGCUUCAUUCCACGACAUGAAGCACGCAGUGUCGUCCCUAUACAUGGACGAGGCGACGGGCCGCAUGUGUACGGCGGGCAAGGACCGCGUCAUCAAGGUCUGGGAUGUCGGAGUACUGCUCGCCCCCGCGCCCAAACCUUCCACCGCCGCCGACCAGUAACGCGUGCCAAUCACAGAAACUGAUCAAUAACACGUAUGUCGCUUUCUUUACUAACACAUUAAAAAGUAAUUGAAAUUGUUAUUCAUAGAAUAGCCGGUAUUUGAAAUUAGAUAAAGUACCUUUUGUAAAAUGUAACCAGCAUUAGGCGUCGUAUUAAAAUACAUAUUUUUGCGCAACCUUUGCGCAAUGGAUUGCGCAAGAGUGUUACCUCUAUUGUUAUUUAUGCAAAAACAUUUGCAAUAUAUGUGUUAUUGAUACAGCUUCUAUAAGUUGUAUUGUAAAAACUAAUGGCAAUGAGAAUUGUUUCCAUCGGGCUGUUUGCAUUAAUGUUAUCGUCGUUAUAAUAUUAUUAUUUAAUGUGUAUCUAAUGUUUGUUGAUGAUAAUCCAACGAAAGUUUUGCUUUUUAUCACUCGUCGUGAGGUAAGACUGAGAUUUUCAUUUCAGAAAUAUGGCGUGUCGUUUAUUAUUCAUAGUAAAACUAAAAAUAUAUGUGUGUGUCAUCAUAAUUAUUAUAUGAAUUAUAAAGAGACGAAGAUCUCAAAACUAUUUUGUAUGUGUGAUCAAAAAUAAUCGUCUGUAAUCUAAUACUUCCACACGUUUCGUGUAAAUAAGUCUGUCAUAGUUUUUUGUUUCAUAUCUUAGUUUUCGUCUAGUACGACGGUUCACAGUCAAUAUUUGUUUACUUGAAGUUGUCUAGUGUAAAUUGGAACAAUGUUUUCUUAAGCAAGAGACGUGUGAAUGAUAACCGAGUUGAUUCUAGUUGUGUUCUCGAUAUAACUGUAAGUUUGUUACAAUACGUGUUUGUUACACGUUACAACCAGUUCGGGUGUAACAAGCAUCCACAUGAUCUACCUUCAUUGUACGGCCAUUUUGUUUUAUAUGUCUUCUUCUCAAAGCAUGUGCUGAGCUGCUCUAGUCCAAAAUAAUUAUAAGCUUCGUAGCAGCAUUGCAUUUUUAGGUAGGUCGACUAAACUUAGCACAUUCUUAAAAACUUUCUAAAAUUAUAACAACUACAUAAUUCAGCUCAAAUAGUCUUUUUUUCAGUCAGCUGACUUGUAAUGAAGUAAAGUUUAUGUGGGUGUUUUCGUAACAAUUGAUCUUUGUUUUCAACAAGGGUACUCUGUUAUGGCUAGUUACAAUAUUACCUAAUUAAUUAUUGAGAGAAAUAAAUACUACUAUACAAAAGUAUCCUUGCUGAAAACCAUAUGCUGUUAGAGCUCGUCCGACUAUAUUUGCGUUAAACGUAUAAAUAUAUUAAAUUAGUUAUGUAUUACUUAAAUAUUAAUCGUCAUUUUAUGAAAGUAUAAUUUAUUCCAAUGUAUUAUAUUUGUAUUCCAAUAUCGGCAUUGCUAAAGACAUUAAUUAAUUAGUUAAUCAAGGCAAUUGCUUGU